AUGGAUCUCUCCGACGAGUUCUCGACGCUGCUGCCUUACCUGAUUGGCGACAUAUACAACAGCAUCAGUGUCGAUGAAUCGGAGCAUUCUAGCCUGAAUGAUGACUUUGCCUCAACCCCGAAAGAAAUCCACGUUUCUCGCUCUAGUAAGUCCAUUAAAAAGGCGAAGCCUCGAAGAGAAGGCACCAGCUUGUUGCCUUCCUCCACUGUCUCCCACCGCCGCAAGAAAGCCGAAUUGCAUGCGCUGAGAUUAGAAGCCCAAUACUUGAUGGAAAAGCUGACGCGCUUACAACAAACUCACGAUGGCAACAGCAAGCCGAAGGACAUGACAGUGGAGGGAGAUGACUGGUUUUCCCGAGCUACAAACGCCUACGAUGAGAGAAUAAGGUCGGAACGCUCGAAUCAGCUGCUGAAAAUGAUUCUGAUGAAAAGGAUAAAAGUCUUUGAGUCUGUUCGCAAAAGGCUUCGACAACGUGACGUGCUUGAGCCCACCACCGAUCGGCCAUUCUUCCAACCUAAUUGUACCGGAUUCAUUUUAUCCCACUUGGAAAGCAAGUUAUGGUCUCUACGUCUACAAGCAAACGUAGUUGUGCCGACGGUGAGCCCCAAUCGUCAUGUUACGUUUCAUACACAACCUGGAUACAUGGUAGGAGGAGAAAAGGCCGCUGCAAAAACCUUUUCCAUGGCACGAGAACAGGGUUCGCAAUAUCGUGACGAGACCAACGACACGAGCUGUAUAGCCUCGCUUUUCAUGCAAGAUACCAGCCAGAUGCCCUUGUAUGUGGACGCGGCAAGUACAUUCCGCAAAUACGAAGAGAAAGACCGAGCUGUCGUUGUCGGGACGACAGUGUGGUUGAUACCAACUGAAGGACUUGAGAUUGAAGGCGCGUACUGGUUCCUGGUGGAAAUACCCAUGAACAUCCUUGUAGAGUGA